GAAGGCAGAGAGCGCGGUGAGUCACGGGCGGAGCUGGCCUCGCUCGCUCGCUCGCCGGCUCCCGCCCGCCCUCCGCCCUCCCGCCGCCUCUCUCUGCCCCUCCUCCGCCGCCGCCCGCCCCGGGUCUCGUCGCGGCCCCGGCUCGCCCUCUGCUCCUGCCCCUCGCCCACGAGCGCCCGUUGGGAGCGCACCAGCCUGCGGCAUCCUGAGCCCGGGCGCAGCCUCGAGGUAGGAGCCCGGGUUGGGGCGGCGAGGGGUGAGCGCAUCGCGGCUGGUUUCGGAAAGACGCGCCCGGAACGCGCCGUAGCCUCCUCUGGCCUCGGGAAAGGUGGUCCGAAAGAUUCCGAGGGGCUUAGAGCCCUGGCGGAGUGAAAACGGGGCGGACGGGCGAGGCCGGAGACUGGGGCAACUGGAGCGACUGGGACAACUGGAGGACUGGAACCCUGAGGACCGGGAGUACGGAAGUCCUGACCACCUGAGCACAGGUCCCACCUGAGGUGUCCUUGACCAUCCCUGACCCCCACCCCGGAUCCCGGCAAUGCUAACCGCUGUCUGUGGCUCUCUGGGCAGCCAGCACACGGACGCGCCUCCCGCCUCCCCGCCGCGCCUCGACCUGCAGCCUUUGCAAACAUACCAGGGCCACACGAGCCCGGAGGCUGGGGACUACCCCUCCCCGCUGCAGCCUGGAGAGCUGCAGAGCCUCCCGCUGGGCCCCGAGGUGGACUUCUCACAGGGCUAUGAGUUGCCGGGGGCCUCCUCUCGGGUAACCUGCGAGGACCUGGAAAGCGACAGUCCCUUGGCCCCGGGACCCUUUUCCAAGCUCCUGCAGCCGGACAUGUCACACCAUUACGAAUCGUGGUUCCGGCCGACACACUCAGGCACCGAGGAUGGCUCGUGGUGGGACCUUCAUCCGGGUACCAGCUGGAUGGACCUCCCCCACACUCAGGGAGCCCUGACGUCACCUGGCCACCCCGGGGCGCUUCAGGCCGGCUUGGGGGGCUACGUCGGAGACCAUCAGCUUUGUGCCCCGCCGCCCCACCCACACCCGCACCACCUCCUCCCAGCCGCGGGAGGGCAGCACCUCCUCGGGCCUCCCGACGGGGCGAAGGCCUUGGAAGCGGCCGCCCCAGAAUCGCAGGGGCUGGAUACCAGUCUCGACGGGGCGGCCCGGCCCAAAGGCUCCCGGCGGUCAGUGCCCCGCAGCUCAGGCCAGACCGUGUGCCGCUGUCCCAAUUGCCUGGAGGCGGAGCGACUGGGGGCUCCGUGCGGGCCCGAUGGAGGCAAGAAGAAGCAUUUGCACAAUUGUCAUAUCCCGGGCUGCGGGAAAGCCUACGCCAAGACGUCGCACCUGAAGGCGCACCUGCGCUGGCACAGCGGCGACCGUCCCUUCGUGUGCAACUGGCUCUUCUGCGGCAAGCGCUUCACGCGCUCCGACGAGCUGCAGCGCCACCUCCAGACCCACACCGGCACCAAGAAGUUCCCUUGCGCAGUCUGCAGCCGGGUGUUCAUGCGCAGCGACCACCUGGCCAAACACAUGAAAACCCACGAGGGCGCCAAAGAGGAGGCUGCCGGAGCGGCGGCAGCGGCGGGCGAGGGCAAGGCCGGCGGAGCAGAGCCCGCCGGGGGCAAAGGCAAGCGCGAGGCCGAGGGCAGCUCGGCUCCCUCCAACUGAGCUCCUCGGUCCCGCCUCCCCGCUGGUCUCCCCUAGGGCUGUCAGAAGAGAGUCCUCUGGCCUGCUGCCUUUGGGAGGCGGCUUGAGUAAGAAGAGAAAGUGGUUAUUUAUUGAGAGGGAGGAAAAGUGGUGCGGGGAUCGGGGAACCGGGGCGCUGGGGGUUGCUUAGUCUCUGGGGCUAGAUGGGACGGAUGCGUUUGUUUGGCUGGGCCGGGAGGAGCUGCACAUGCCCUCCAGUGCUUGCCUUGUUCGCUCUUUCACUCAGGCCCCUGGGCUAGGGGUUGGGCUGGGGUACCCCUAAGGCUCCUGCGGCGUCUGGAGGGCGGAAGGGACAGGCUGGAGGAGACAGCGCGUCCCUGGAGCAGAGAGGAGUGGGGCCGCCCCGGGCGCUGGGAGUAGCUGUCUGGACACGUCCCUAGUGCCUGGGAACCCGGACAUAAAAGGGUCUCCGAAGCCGCCCUGCGGCCCGGGUCCCUUUCAUCCCCCUUAGAGUGCUUCUAUCCUGAGGGAGAGCCGAGAUGGGGUAGCAGAAGCUGGGGGGGGGUCCCCCCUAAGGGAGGAGUUUCUAUCUGGCUGGGAGGAUUGUCCCAGUGGAAAUAACGCCUUUGAUGUGCCUCCUUAUUAAGCCUUCCAGACCCAGUCUGAUGGAGCCGUGAAGGAAGAGGGGAAGAGGGCCCGAAUGAGCGAGGGCUUCCAGCCGGAACAGUGGGGUGGAGGAGAAGAGCUCUAAAUGUGGGAGUUGAGCAAGGAAGUCCCUUCUCAAAAGAGAGAAAGAGAUUUGGUCAGGGAGUGGAACUAAGCCCCUUGGUCUUUAUAAAAAUAAAGUUGAGUAGGCCACUCUCAUCUGUCACCUUCUGCAGGCGUUUCAGACGGCCAGGAGCCCCUGCUUCCCAGCUGAUGUAUUUCCUCACCCUAGAUCCCUCCGCAUUUGCCUUCCCCUUAGGGUUGGAAGGGGGAGGGUUACCUGGGUUUGGGUGGGAGUGGGUGGGGGUGUCCCAGCAGAGGGACCCGCAGUGGUUAGUGGAGGACUCUGGCCCUGCCUGGCGGUUCUCCUCCGGGAGAGGCUAAGCCCCUCUCUUUCUUUAGCCGGGCCCUCCCCUUCCCCACUGCCCACAAGCCUUGCCCCCUCCGUAGAGUGUGUUAGGAAGCUCUUUCCCAGCUCAUCUUUUGGAGGAAGCUCCCCUUCCAGGUGAAGAAUGUUGUUCUCUCACUGGAAGGGGCCUGCCUUCUGCAGGGAUGUCCAGACAGCUGUCCCUGUCCCUUUCUUUAGAUCUAGAAAUACAUCCCAAUUGUAACCAUGGAGUGGGGAACAUGGGGAGGGGGUAAGCCCGGCAGAGGCUGAGCCAGGCAAAAGGAAGAGAGCUGAUGGGGGAAGGGUCUGGUGGGCCACAGGACCCUGGAGCUAGUGGGCUUUCCCAGGAUCCAGGUGGGAGGCCUUAAAAAAGGCUCCCCCAACUCCCCUUCCCCUGCCCUUCCUUCUCCACCCAGAGCCCUAUGCGAGGAUUAGUUGUGUAUUGAUUUUUUUAAGUUAUAAGCAAAGGGUAUUUUAUUUAAUAUUAGGACACGUGUGUGCAUUGUAUGUACUUAUGUAUGUGUGUGUUCCUGUGUGUGUGUGUGUGUGUUUCUCUACUGAGCCUGGGGUCUUCAGCCAGGGAGACCUCAUCUUGUUCACCCCAGCCAAGGUCCUGGGGUCUAGACCAACAGCAUCUUCCUUCCUUGGGGAUGCUGGGGCCCAGUGCAAGGACUGGGCGCUCUUGGGAAGUAGGGCUGGGAUCUGGGUGGGAAUAUGUUUGUGUAGAAAAGAGCCCUUCCUAAGAGGGAAAGCGCGGCUCUCCUCGAGGGACUCAUGGACCUGGGGUGGUUUAAGAACGAACGUUCUUGCUUUCUGCUCCCUCUUUCCCUACCUCCUGCGCCUCUGAGCAGAGGUCCCUUUUCUUGCUGAGAGGCUUGGGGGUCAGAAGAGGGCUGGCGGUGCUCACACGUUGCCCGGCCAGGGGGAGGAGGGGGAGAGAGGGAGGGCACCUUGGGUGUAGGAUGCCUUUGUCCUCCACCCAUCGAAACCAGCCACCCCCGCCCUGUGCCACCAGUGACCAUUCUCAGGGGAACUCCCCAGUGGGUGUCGGUGGAGGGGGGGGGAGCACACAGAUGUUCCCCCCAUUAGAGGCCCCGAGCUCUAAGGUGUGUGGGUGAGGGCUUUGGAUAGGUUUCCUUCUGCUCCCCUCUUUUCUAGACCUAGGUUGCUUGGCUGUCUGCCCCCUUCUAGGCAGCCCCCUAGAGGAGAAAUGUAGGAUUUUUUUUUUCUUUAACUGCUGUGAACCCACUUUGGGGGGAGGAGGAGGAAGAAGAAACAGCCUGUGUUUUUUAUGCCAUAAUAAAGUCGUCAGCCACAUCACUGCUUCGUUUGUCUUCCAGCUCUGGUU